AUGUCCCCAACUGUCCUGCUCACGAACGACGAUGGCCCACCAAAUUUUCACGAAUCUCCUUAUGUUCUCGGCUUAUAUCUCCACUUGACCAGGGUCCUUGGCUGGAAUGUUCACGUCGUUCUUCCAAGCACUCAAAAGUCAUGGAUCGGAAAGGCCUACCAUAUCAAAGAAAUAACUAGAGGAAAUUACUUUUAUCCCAAGGAAGACGGUAAGGGUGAAACCUCUCCGAAAUCCAGGCCUUUGAAGGAUGGGGAACUUGCCGAGUGGAUUCUUCUCGACGGAACCCCUGCGACGUGUGCCAACGUUGCGUUGCACAACAUUUUUCAUGAAAAGAUUGACCUUGUUAUUUCUGGCCCAAAUCUUGGGCGCAACACCUCUUCGGCAUUUGCGUUGUCCUCCGGCACCAUUGGCGCAGCGAUGUCGUCCUCGUUAUCCAAAAUUCGCUCCAUUGCGCUGUCAUACGGAACAGUCGUACAUCCCACACCAACUGCCUACUUUGAACCAGCACACAAUUUGGCUUGCCGUAUUAUCCAGCAUCUCUGGAACAACUGGGGUGAGGAUGAAUGCGGCCUCAGGACUGGCGAAGUCGAUCUGUAUAGCGUCAACAUCCCUCUGGUGGAAGGCAUCCUGAGUGAAGAAGGGUUGAAGAUUUGUUGGACAAGGAUGUGGCGCAACUCCUAUGGGAGACUUUUCAAAAACAUUUCGACUGUAAAUCAAGAUUCAAUCUCGUCGUACACGACCUCUAUGCCAAAAAACGAAGGCGAAGAAAUCGGUGAUCUGCUCUUCAAGUGGUCACCUGAAAUGAGGGGGCUUAUUACACCAAUUCCAUCUAUGCUUCCCUUUGGGUCUGAUGGUUGGGCCAUCCACAACGGAUGGGUGAGCGUGACGCCCCUGCGGGCCAGCUUUGGCGAACCACAUAUUCACGAUGAUAUAGACCCUGACUCUGUGGUAUGGAAAUUUAAAUUAUAG